GAUGUCACUGCGCAUGUGCACUGUCGUCUCCUCUUUUAAGCCUCCUUGGAGAACGCCGUGUUUGGCACAUGUCCAUUUCCUGGUUUUCCCUGCUGGGAGCGGCCGCUGCCCUCCCGACGCACUUCCCUGCUGGACUACAGUGCAAGGGACAGUAAUAGGCCUGAGCGUCCCCGUGGCGAUGAGGAGGGCGUGUCUCUGGACGUUGGUGAAAUGUCUCAGCGUGUCCGGCCUGCUCGUCCUGUCUGCUCACAUCUUCACCGUGAGGAGGAAAGAUCCGGCGACGCCGAGCCCCCUCCCAGCCGCCGAGUACCGGCUCCUAUCCCCUGACACCUAUGGGUACACCCUGACCCCGGCCGCUGGGUUCAGGGACACCCCCCCCUUCCUGCUCCUUCUGGUCCCUGUGUCCCCUGGGGAGGCUGCAGCCAGGGAUGCCGUCAGGCAGACAUGGGGGGCUCCAGGGCGGGACAGCCGAGCUCUGUUCUUCGUGGGGCUCCCUGAGGGGGGGCGGGGCUCCGGCGUCCAGGCCCAGCUGGAGGAGGAGAGCAGGACACACGCAGACAUCGUCCAGAUGGACUUCCAGGACAGCUACCAAAACCUGACCAUCAAGACCCUGAUGAUGAUGAGCUGGCUGGCCAGCCGCUGCCCCAACGCCUCCUACGCCAUGAAGGUGGACGCGGACAUCUUCGUCAACGUCUUCCUCCUGCUCCGCAGGCUGAGGAGCUCGCCGCAGCGGGGCUUCAUCAGCGGCUCUGUGAUCAGUGAUGGUCGGCCCCGCAGGGACAGCAGCAGCAAAUGGAGUGUGUCGGAGGAGCUGUACCCCGCCGACAGCUUCCCCCCGUACCUGUCCGGAGCCGGCUACGUCUUCUCGGCAGACAUGGCGGCCAGGAUCUCCUGGGCGUCCCGGUUCGUCCGGAUGCUCCCCCUGGAGGACGUGUACGUGGGUCUGUGUCUGCGCGUGCUGGCCGUGCGGCCGGUGUACUCCCGCAGCCUGCUGCCCCCCAGGAACCUGUUUGAGAUCCAACACCUGGACUACGACAGGUGCACCUUCGCCAAACUGGUCAUUGUCAACGGGUUCACACCGUCCCAGCUGCUGCACAUGUGGCAGGACUUCUCCUCAGGCCACAGCAGCUGCUGACUGCCAUUCUGGGGUUAACCUAACCCUCUUAGCAUUAAGGAAACAAGGAAAGGAAGCCAUCAGACACAGCCAUGGGGGGUGGUAUAUUAUUAGUGUUCAUUAUCAGGGAAUUUAACUAAUGGGCACUUUACUGAGAGGAGAGGAAUGUAGUUCUGAAAUGAGAUUGUCAAUGUCAAUAGUCAAUCAGCUGAAAAUGAUGGGAAACUGUUGAUUAUUUUAAUCAUUACGUAACAUACACAAGAUGACAUCUUCAAAUGUCUUGUUGUUUUGACCAACAUGUUCAGUUUAUUGUCCUGUAAGUCAAGAAAAGCAGGAACCAUGAAAAGAAGGGCAGAUAACGUUUCUGUUGACCAACAGAUUGAAUAGCUAGAUCUUUAAUCAACAGUGGUCAGUUUUUAGGUCAUUUAAAGAGAAAAUAUGCUAAACACAAUCAUAUCACUUUUUUCAUUUAUUUCUAUCAUGGAGCCACCCUAACAACCCAGCAGAAAGUCUGAAUGUAUAAUAUUAUAGUGUAUGAUACA